AUGAGCGGCAGUCUGGACCCGACGGUGCAGUAUGAGCUGCUAGACCGUAUCGGAGGAGGAGCCUUCGGAGAUGUCUACAAGGGAGUGAACACCCACACGGACGAAGUGGUGGCCAUUAAGAUCAUUGAUUUGGAGUCUGCAGCCGAUGAGAUCGAGGACGUGCAGCAGGAGAUCCAUGUGCUGUCACAAUGUUCUUGCGAUCAACUCACAAUGUACUCAGGGUCUUUUAUUGCAGGGACGAAACUAUGGAUCAUUAUGGAGUUUCUAUCGGGCGGAUCGGUGUCGGAUAUUAUGCGCAAUGGUCCAUUGGACGAGGCAUUCAUCGCUAUUAUCUUGCGUGAGCUAUUGAAAGGACUCGAGUAUCUGCACUCGGAAAAGAAAAUCCACCGCGACGUCAAAGCUGCGAAUGUAUUACUGAGCGGAGAUGGUCACGUCAAGCUGGCGGAUUUUGGAGUUACCGGGCAAAUCACAGAGACAAUGACGAAGCGCAACACGGCAGUGGGGACUCCGUUUUGGAUGGCGCCUGAGGUCAUCCAAGAGUCCGAAUAUGACUUUAAAGCGGACAUUUGGUCCUUAGGUAUCACCGCGAUCGAGAUGGCGAAAGGUGUACCUCCGUUAGCUGACAUCCAUCCCAUGAAAGUGCUGUUCAUGAUCCCGACGAUGGACCCACCCGUGUUAGAAGGCAGUUUUUCGCCUCGAUUCGUUGAUUUUGUGUCGUGCUGUCUACAAAAGCCCCCACAAGACAGACCAACAGCGACCGAGCUACUGCAACACCCCUUCAUCCGCUCCGCCAAGCAUAUAUCUCAUCUCACGGAGCUAUUGGAUCGGAAUCAAUUAGAAGAUCAGCAGCAAGACGACCACGAGGACGGAGAUUACCACAGCAAAGACUAUAGCUACAACAAUGGUCGUGUCGAGAACGGGUUCGUGCACAACAGCUAUAACCCCCCUCUGAGCGGCGGUCGUGAUGACACUCUGCCAUCAUACGGCCAGCGGGAUAGCGGUAAGCGUCAUGCUCGAGAUGCAUCAGUGGGCAGCGGAUGGGAUUUCAAUACUAUCCAGGAAGACUCGGUCGACGCUAACUCGAACGCCGAAACAAUAACGACAUCGGCAUUGGCAGCACCAGUUCACGAACUUGAGUACGAGGACCAGGACGACGACGAAGACGAAGCAUUCAAUAGCGUUGUGAAGCCUGCGAUCAGUGACGUACUGGAGCGUAUUCUCAAUCCUCCCACUAUUGGGUUCAUGUCGCCGACACAUUGUGACGCUGCAGAGGCUGCUACCGAAGUGCAAGAAGAUCUUCUCUUUGAGUUGCUGCACGUGUUUGACAACGUAAGUCAACAGAAAGGCCUACUCCGGCAAGUGCUGCGGAGUCUGGCAGACUACACAAACGCAAUGAUGCCUCCAGCCAACGCGAACGUAACAGGGAACUUGAGUUGA